CUGCCUGGGAGAGGAGGGAAUCAGUGAACUGCGUUACCCUGAGAACUGGUGCCUUUCAGCACCGCGGACAGAGCACGGAUCGCCAUGGCUCCGAUUGUGCUGAGCGGGGCAAGCUUCGAUGAUGUGCCGGCAAUUGUAGGGAUAGUCAGUGCCUUUGGCCUGAUAUUUACGGUGUCCAUGUUUGCAUGGAUCUGCUGUCAGCGCAAAUCGACAAAAGCCAACAAAACCCCUCCAUAUAAAUUCGUGCACAUGCUGAAGGGAGUUGAUAUCUACCCUGAGAAUUUGAGCAACAAAAAGAAAUUCGGGGCGGAUGAAAAAUCGGACCAUAAAGAUAAAGACCUUUUAAAAGCCAAAAUACCAAAGAACUCCCUGCACCUGGACUUGGAGAGCCGCGACCAGAACGGAAAUUUCACCAAAACUCACGCCAAAGUCCGGAGCUCCCCAGAAAUCGAGAGCGUCCCCGCCAAGGUGUUCACAGAUGGCGAGAAAGACAGCCUGUCAUCCGAGACUUCAAUAUCGGACAAGUCCACGGCUCCUUCUGAAGAACAAAACAAUGAGGCCAAACUGGGAUCCUUGAUAUUCUCCUUAAAAUACAACUUUGAUAAGAAAGCAUUACUUGUGAACAUUAUAGAGGCUCACGGGCUGCCUGCCAUGGACGAACAGUCGAUGACAUCUGACCCUUAUAUUAAAAUGUCGAUCUUGCCUGACAAAAAGCACCGAGUGAAAACUCGUGUCCUCAGAAAAACCCUGGAUCCAGCUUUUGAUGAGACGUUCACGUUUUACGGUAUCCCCUACAGCCAGGUACAAGACCUGUCUCUGCAUUUUCUGGUGCUGAGCUUUGACCGGUUUUCGAGAGACGAUGUCAUUGGAGAGGUCCUAGUGCCAAUAUCAGGAAUCGAUCUAUCAGAAGGCAAGGUGCAGAUGAACAGGGACAUCACCAAGAGAAACUGUCGGAAAUCUGUGGGCCGUGGUGAAUUAUUAGUGUCCCUUUGCUAUCAAUCUACCACCAACACCCUGACUGUUGUUGUACUAAAAGCUCGCCAUCUGCCUAAAAAUGAUGUGUCUGGAUUAUCAGCUGCUGACCCUUAUGUGAAAGUGAACCUGUAUCAUGAUAAGAAACGAAUAUCAAAGAAAAAGACCCAUGUUAAGAAAUGCACUCUUAAUCCAGUGUUCAAUGAGCUGUUUGUCUUUGACAUUCCAUGUGAGGGGAUUGAAAACAUCAGUGUUGAAUUUAUGGUGAUCGAUUUUGACAGAAUGAUGAAGAACGAGAUCAUUGGGCGCCUAGUGCUAGGAGCAUCAGCAGAAGGGACAGUGGGAGAGCAUUGGAGGGAGAUCUGUGAGCAUCCAAGGCGACAAAUUGCCAAAUGGCAUUGUCUCAGUGAUGGUUAGCAGCCAAACCAAGGGUUGGACUUUAUUGUUUGAUAGGGAAGGAACAAGCUGUGCAUUAACCAACCCAAAGCCUUUCUGAAGAUUUUUCAAUUUAUACUAAAUAUACAUAAUUUGUACAUCUGAUUGUGGUAUAUAUUGUGAUCUGUACUGUAUAAGAUGAAAGUGGCGUUGUUCUCCUGUUUGCUAACAAUUUUAAGAGAUUCAAAGUAGCUAUUAGAAUGGGUAGGCAAAAUAAAACUAUUUAAUGUAUUUCUGCAUUCUGUGUGGCUGUUCAAGUUGGGGAACUUGUUCCUGGGGAUUAAGCUUUUAGGAUGUAAGUUUGAAGGAAAAACCUAGAAUUCACUGAAACGUUUUGCAAUGAAAUCUGUAAUACAUUGAAUGAACUGAAAAUAUUUGAAGUAAAGCCAUUCUAAUGUUUAUAGUUUGAGAAGUGAAAAAAAAUGAAUUAUGAGCAGGUCAUGUGUUGCCUUAAACAUUGAAAUAUAUUGGAGGGGAGGAUCACAGUGGUGGCAUAGUGAGUUUGAUACUGGCAAUUUAUCUCUGGAUUCAAAUCUAGCCUAUAUUGAUUGAGCAAAACUCUCCUCUAUUAACUAACAAUAAAUGUCUGAUAUGAAGGAAUCCAUUUUCCAGUCAUAAGGUCCCAAAGUAUAAUACUAUUUCUAAUUUGGCAGCAUAAUUUAGAGAGGCAGUAAGAAUAGCUGGAUGUAUUACUGGUGUGGGCAAAGGAAAAAUGUACUGUUGCAGUAAGAGAUGCUUUCCUGAGAUUGAGGUGGAGGUAGGGUAGAGGGAAUUUACGGUGGAAUUAACUGUGCUGCACGUGACCUAAAAAUACUUGAUAUGGAUGCCUAAAAUUGAAAGUGUUCCACUUUGAAUGCUAAAAGCCCAUACAAGCACAGAAUUUACCUAGAAAAAUGUCUUUUAUAAAUUGGAGCCACCAUAUUCAAAAAGAAUAGCAACAUGAAUAACAGUAAAUCAUACUGAGAGAGUUCAUAUUACAGUCAUAACUGUUUUGAAGUUAUUUGUCAAUACGGAGCUUCAGUGAUUUUAAAUGUAUUGGUAUUUGCGCAUUUGACAUUUGUGGAUGUCAUAUGUGUAAAUAGUACAUUUAAACUUUUACUUAUUAAAAGCUGUAACUGGAAAACAGUUACACAUUAAAACAUUAAUGUUGUUUAAUUGUGAAAUCCUUUUCUUCACUGACAAUUUCAUGAUGAAAAUAAAACAAUGGUGAUCUUGAGGGAAGCUGCUAAAAUGGACAAAUAAAAGCUAAAAUUCACUAAAGCUUAGUGGAAACUAUUUGGCAUACUAAGGAGAAAUUUAACAGUAUUUAUUUUUCUGUGCCUUUGCCAAUGCUACAUAUGAAUAUGAAAUAAAUAUUUGAUGAUGAGCCAUGAGAUGUAGUUUUUACCUCAAGAGUGUGUUGAGCUGUAAACUUGUGAGUAACAAAAUGGCAGGAAAGGUAGUCAGCACAAUGCUUGGCAUAUACAUACAUCCCAUUGCACCUCACAUGUUUUAUUUACAUCAUACAUUAGCUAAUUAAGGAAUUGUGUAGAUAAUGGAGUGGUUUCAGUGACAUCAUAUGGAUUUUGUUUUCAUAGUGGUGUCAAUUAUGAACCAUGACUAAUCUCCAAUAUUCUUUGGAGGUAAUGUCAUUAUGUGUCAAAUUUGGUUUUAGGAAUGGACAUAUUUGGUUUAAAAGGUAGGCUGCUGAGACAACAAAAUAACCUUUAUGUUUUGCCUACCCUAUGUUCUAUAGCUUCAGGUUGAAAAUUUUGCCAUUGUUAUGAAUUUAUUUUGCUCUACUUGGAAAACUACAUUAUAUAACCAUCUAGCUUGUGUAAAUCAUGCUGCAAAUGAAUUGCAAACCAUGCAUUUACUAUGCAUGUUUGCUUUAAACUAGACCUCAGUGACAGGUGUAGGAACACUUGUAAUAUACUUAAUGAUUAAAAUUAUUAUUGAUGCAACACUAAAAGAUGCAAGAAUAGAAUGUGACAUCAAAGUCAUUAGUCACUAUAAAAAAUAUCAGACAGUGAUUAUAGCUUUGAGAAUGCUAUUUGAUCUUGAAUGUCAAUGCAUUUAGUGCAUUGGAUUUUUCUGUCACUGAACCUUAUGGUUCCAGGAAAAAUCAUUGUUUAAAACAUUAAUGAGCACUCAGUACCAUUAUUGAUUCUUUCACUUUGGAUCUUAAUGGAUCAUAUUUUGAGUUGCCAUAUAUUGCUAUAUAACAAAUAUUGCCAUUUAUGUUUACUAUAGAUGGCUUACAUCAUAUUUUUAAGUUUAGUGUUUAUAUUUUUAUGCUUAUUUUAAAAAGAAAAGGGCUCAAAAUAUUUUUAAGCUGCUUUUGGGCACGCACACUGCCAGAGACCAAAUUUCUUAUCUUUUGAUGGACAGAUCAAGCUAGGCUCACUUUGGGAAUUAGGAGUGCUUUGUGAAAGGAUGACCUGUAGGGUAACAUUAUAUGCAUUUUUAGAAUGAAAAUGUGAGAAAUGUUAGAUAAAAUAUACUUUUGUAGGAUAGGAGUAAGUGAUAGUGAGUUUAUAAUGGUUCAAGAGGACAUUUUAGCACAGGUGAAUUUGGCUUGGCAAGAUUUAACUGGUGAGAACAAAUCAGACUGAAUCUGGGUCAAUGCAGAAAGAAAUGUUACCAUAUUUCAGCCAAAUGGCAUUAUAUUAUGAAAUGCUGAAAAUCUAAUGCUAGUAUGCCAAUUCAUUACUAUGCAGCAUGGGAUUGAAACUGUCACCACAUGGAAAAUGAUAAGGCUGCCUGAAGCCACAUUAGUAAUCAUGAGUUCUAUUGAUGUUUGUGCAGCUUAAAGGAUUCCUGUUACUGUUGUAGUUUUUUUUUUACUUUCAAAAUAAUACAUCAAUUAAGGAUGGAAUAAAACCUUAGCAUUAGCCUGUUUCCAUUCCCCAAAACAAUGAUUAUCCAUUUGUUGGUUGUCAAAUUAAGUUCAUUUUUUUGAAACUUCAAAUGCCACAGAUUCAUCAAUAAACAGAAACUGUGACAACAGUCUUAUUAAUAUAUUCAAACAAAGAAUUUUAAAGAACUUAUGAACAUAGUAUAAUGUUACUAAUAGGCAGAAUCAUAUAAUAGCAACUUAUGAACAGCAGCAGAGCUAUUUCAGCUUUGGUUUCAAUAACAUAUCUAUUCUAUGUAUAAACCAUAUUUGUUUCAAUUGCCUUUACUUUUAAGAAGCGUGUAAGGUAUUUUAACUCCAGCCAGUUAAUUAAUUUUCACAUCAUUCAUUUCCAGUUCACAACACUGUUCAAAACAUUGCAGCUGCAGUUGUAAUUUUUGUAAAAUAAUUUUGAAUAAUUCUGAAAGAUGUAACUGUGUGUGGUUUGAAACGUUGAUGUGCUGCAAAUUACAUACUCAAAAACUCCAGUAUUAAAUGGUCACAGCAGUAUAUAUAAUUACACUGUGUAAAUCUGUACACGUAAUAUGUUUUGUAUGUUGCAUUACAAUGUGGUUACAAUCAAUUAAAUAAAAGAAUGCAAACAUUCACAUCAUGUGGUAGUAAUGUAAAUUACGGGCAAUGAUUGUAUUUAUUAUCUUCUUUGUGCUGUUGAUGUAAAAAUAUGGUGCACAAGUUUUUUUUUCUUCAAUGAAAAAUUUAAAUAAUACUCAGAAAAAUCUACCAUUCUGCUAAGGUCUUGUGCCCAUGUGUUUUGUGUGUGUUAAACAAGAAUAAAGCACUACAUAAAUUGAU